AUGAGGACAUCUCUACGCGAGCCUAACGACACAGCUACUGUCGACCAUCAGCAGGACAGGUCCACGGGAUUUGCCGCCGUGACACGAGAGACACAAGCAGCGCCUCAUCCAGCAUACCAGCCGUUGCCCAGUCCAACAUCCACAAGGCUUCUCUGUCUUGAACCAGGCAAGGAAGGUUCUAUACUCAAGUUUUCAUUGAAGGUUGUGGACCUUAGCGACAACCCCGAGUACAUUGCCAUAUCCUACACCUGGGGGGAGGAUGGCGGCAACCACUCAAUUCUUGUCGACGGUACAUCCAUUCAUGUUUGGCCAAACUUAUACGCCUGUCUUUGCCAAAUGCGGACCACUAGUGCCACCCUGCCGUUCUGGAUCGACUGUUUCAGCAUCAACCAGGCGGAUCAGGACGAGAAAAGUCAACAGGUUGCUAUGAUUGGCCGGGUAUUUUCUCAAGCCGCGGAAGUGCGAGCCUGGUUGGGCGAGCAUGAGGACGAUAGCGAACUUAUAUUCUCAGGAGUUGAUCUACUUCGGGAUGUACGCUCGAGCGUUCGUGUCAUUUCCAAGGUCUGGUGUAAUCGAAUAUAUUGUACCGGAGGUCCUAUGGUCAUCCUUGUUUCGGCCUUUUUAUUUACUGGGCUUGGGGGCUUCGUCAUCAGCACAACGGAUUUUGUAUACACAGGCAUCUUCGUCAUGUGUCCGUUCUGGAUCUUCCUAAAUCUGGUCAUAUAUCUUUCGUGGCCAAAUCUGUUGCGAGACUUUCUUGCUCCUUUCUGGCGGCCCGCCGUAUACGAGUACACCUGUUACGUCUUUCCAAUACGUGCUCUGUUUGCACGUGAGUACUUCAGUCGCACUUGGAUCAUCCAGGAGAUUGUCAUGGCUAGGAGACUUGUUCUCUACUGUGGCAGCGACACAAUAGAGUGGUCGAAGUUAGUCUCAACAUACUUUGGUGUUGGGUAUGACGCUCCCCAGUUCACUGACGUCCUCCGUGGCGAGAAUACGGCUGUCAACUCAGUCAGGCGAGAUAGGUAUGCCAGAAGGAUCGAUUGGCAUACGGCACAGCUUUUCGAUACAGAUUACAAUCAUGUCGCUAGACUGGCCGUUCUAUCUGCUGGAAGACGCACGCUAUUGGAGCUCGUUGCAAUUUCCAUGCCUACCCUUUGCAAGGAAAGACACGAUCGAAUAUAUGCGCUGCUGGCCCUCGAGGACGAAGCUUCGAGACGUCGUCCUAUUGUCGUGAACUACAAGAAACCCAUGGUUGAUCUCGCUUUAGAUGUGGUGAGGGCGCGAAUUAUGCGUGUAGGGCACGACUUUGCUAAGGUAGAUGAUGUUCUUCGUUUAACGGGCGCAUUGCAUUUGGACGCAGAGGAGAAAGGUCGCGUGCUGCAAAUUUUAGGCUACAAUGCCCUUCAGAUAUAUCUCGGAAAGCGUAAGCCUUGGGUCCUCUCCCUGGCCACGUUUGAUGCGGCGUAUGUUCGACAAAUUUUAGCUGCGGCAUGA